GCGUAAUAUAAAAAGAUGGUGUAACAUCAAGCCUAGACCAAAAGCUUCGGUCUCUGUUAUGUUGGUUGUUCAGCUGAACUCCGUUGGCUUCACUCACCAAAUACAGAGACCGAAGUUCUAGCGCGAUCUGUACAGGGGACUCAAUGGCAAUAUGUUUAUGUAGACUUAAGAUCGGAUAAAACGGGGAACCGGAAGUGAAUUUGCGCGACAGCCGAGACGGCUGCCAGCUGUCUACAUCAAGCCGUGCCGUGUAAAAUUCGUAAAUUACUUUCUGCUGCUGGGAGAGUCUAACUUGUUAGAGAGACUGGAGGGAUAUGGAGGAAUCCAUCUCAAUUUCAGACAUGGAUGCCACCAGUAACUCUGUGGGAGGUGAAGCAACAGCGCCAUCACAGGAUACAGACACCUCUGUCAACAUCAGCAAUGACCUUCAAUCAGGCUUUGGAAACGAUGAAGGAGAUGAGAGAAAGGACAGUAAGAAGUCUUCCUCUUCCAAAGGAAGUAUCUUCCACAUCGACACCACCCUCAUCCACACCGUUCCAUCCUCGGAACAGGCUACUGAACUCAAGGACUUGGGUGUCAGCGUGUUUGACCAGGAGGAGUUUGAACAGGGGGUUCUACAACAGGUGGACCAAGCCAUUAAUAUUGAGGAGGCUAAGCUCUCCAGGCAGAGGGACGAGAAGGAGUUAAAAGGCGUGCUGGAUGAUAUCAGAUUGUGUCGUUCAGAGUUCCGUCACCUGCAGAAAGUAGCAUCCAGUAUCCGAGUGCCCUCUGUACCAUCCAUGGUUAGCAGGGAGUUGGAGAAGAAACUGCUGUCGGUCAAAACACAGAAAGAAAACAAAGCAAAGCAGCUGAAGAAGCUACGGGCCAGACACAGAGUCCUGUCUGCUAAACUCUCAGGGAAUAGUGAUGAUGUUUAUAUAGAAGAUAAUUCUGAUGAAGGAGAAAAGGGUGAUGGCAGCUCUUCAGCUUAUGAGAGACUACUCCAUGAUGGCAGUGGAUUGAACAACGCUCCAGGACCCAGCCAGGCCAAGGAGACGGAGCAUGAGCGCCUCAUCCGGCUUGGUGAGAUGACCCCCUUCGGCACCUUCUUGACCAUCAAAGAGCAGGAGAAACCCAAGCCAAAACCACGGUCCCUGGUGGUCACAGACUUUGAGAAGUUCCUUGGUGGCAAGGAUAUUGAGAUGUACAAGAAGCACAAAGAGGCAUCCAAGUGGAAGGGGACAAAGAAAGUCAAAGGGAAUGCUUCUCAGAGUGAUCAAGGCAGUAUCCUCAGGGGGUUGCUGACACCAAAGCCUGAGUCUCCUGGACAAGAGGACAAGGUUCACAAACAGGAUACUGCAAAAGCCUCAUGCUCCAGAGACUCAGUGUCACCAGGAAAGAGGAAACCAGAGAGGGAACGGAUAGAGUUUGAGCCUAAACAUCGCAAGAAGGUCAAAGAAAAGUGGAAUGAUCCCUCGCUGAAGAAGAAGAGAGAAAAAACAAAGAUGAGGAACUUAACUGAGGAUUGGGAGAGCGAUAACGAGGGGUACAUGGACAAUUCUGAUGAGGAAUAUUGUCCUGAUUCAGACCAGGAAGCAGAAUUUGAUGAUGAUGCAUACUCUGAUGAUGAACCAGUCAUAGGUCGGAGGUAUGCCCGUCCCGGGAAGCGGAGGUUGGCCGAGCAGAUUGCAGAUGGAACCAUUACCACCUUGAAAGAACUCCAGAGAAAGAGUGGGGCAAGAGAAAGAAAGGCACAAGAAUCAAAGAUCAGAAGAGCAAGAGAUGAUUCUACCGAGGAGAAGUUUCAUAAGAGGUUGAAAGAAGAGAGGAAGAAAGAACUAAUGAGGAAACGGGGCAGGCUGGUGGAGGUGAGGAGAGGUGGGGAGGAUGCAACAGAUGAUGAUUCUGAGGCAGUAGAUUCUGAGGAAGAUGAUAUUGAUCUGGAUGGGGGUUUCAAGAUACCCUCCAAGAUCUGGAAGAAGUUAUACAGAUACCAAAAGAUUGGUGUAAAAUGGCUGUGGGAGCUACAUCGUCAGAAGGCUGGAGGUAUUCUAGGAGAUGAGAUGGGUCUUGGUAAAACCAUUCAGAUGAUUGCAUUCCUAGCAGGACUUAGGACAAGCGCACUUCCAAGCAAGGGGUUCAGCUAUAGAGGGUUAGGUCCUGUCCUUAUAGUGUGUCCUGCAACAGUUCUUCACCAAUGGCUGAAGGAAUUCCACACCUGGUACCCUGAGAUGAGAGUGGCUAUCCUUCAUGAGUCUGGAUCACAUUCUGGCAAAAAGGAAUCUCUUAUUCGUGACAUGGUGAGCUGCCACGGUGUUGUCAUAACGUCCUUCUCCAAUGUCCGACUUCGUCAAGAGAUGCUCCAUCGGUACAACUGGCACUAUGUGAUCCUUGAUGAAGGUCACAAGAUACGCAACCCUGAUGCAGAGGUUACACUGGCAUGCAAACAGUUCCGGACCCCCCAUCGUCUGAUCCUGACCGGGUCUCCUAUGCAGAACAACCUUAGGGAACUAUGGUCCCUGAUUGACUUUGUCUUCCCUGGAAAGCUUGGAACACUUCCUGUCUUCAUGCAACAGUUCUCAGUGCCAAUUGUACAAGGAGGCUAUGCCAAUGCUUCCAAGGUUCAGGUCCAGACUGCUUACAAGUGUGCCUGCAUCCUGCGAGACUCCAUCAGCCCGUACCUGCUACGCCGCAUGAAAGCAGACGUGAAGCAGGCCCUUCAGCUGCCUUCCAAGAACGAGCAGGUUCUGUUCUGCCAUCUGUCUGAGGAACAGACCCAAGUUUAUGAGGAUUAUCUGGCCUCCAAGGAAUGUAACCUAAUCCUCAGAGGAGAGUACAAGGUGUUUGCUGGUCUCAUCACCCUGCGUAAGAUCUGCAACCAUCCGGACCUGGUGUCCGGUGGGCCUAGGAUCUUCAGCCAUCAGAACCUCACUGAUGAUGAACUCUCUGAAGAGCAACGGUAUGGAUACUACAAGCUAGCUGGCAAGAUGAUUGUGGUGGAAUCGUUGCUCAAGCUCUGGAAGCAACAGAAUCAUCGGGUGCUCCUGUUUUCACAGAGCAAACAGAUGCUUGACAUUUUUGAAGACUUUGUGAAAGACCGUUACUCCUACAUGAGAAUGGAUGGGACAACAACAAUCUCAUCUAGACAACCCCUCAUCACCAAGUUCAACUCAGAUUCCAGAAUCUUCUUGUUCCUGCUGACCACCCGUGUUGGUGGUCUAGGUGUGAACCUGACAGGGGCCAACAGGGUGAUCAUCUAUGAUCCCGACUGGAACCCAAGCACCGAUACACAGGCAAGGGAAAGAUCAUGGAGGAUCGGCCAGAACAAACAGGUCACCAUCUACAGGUUGCUUACAGCUGGCUCCAUUGAAGAGAAGAUUUACCACAGACAAAUCUUCAAGACAUUCCUGACCAACCGAGUCCUCAAAGACCCUCGUCAGCGCCGGUUCUUCAAGUCCAAUGACCUCUUUGAGCUAUUCACCUUGGGAUCCUCAGACAAGGGCAAGAGCACCGAGACCAGUGCGAUAUUUGCUGGCACAGGCUCCGAGGUGCGCCCGAAUCCAAGUCCUUCCAGGUCAAAGGUCAACAAGGAGCCUAUAUUGAAGCUGGGCAAGAAGAAGGAAGAUGCCCUGGAGAAGGCAGAGAGGCGGAAGAAGCAGGCGGAGGUCAUCCAGAGGGAGCUGAAGCUCAAGAGGAAGAUGGCAGCUGAGAAUGUGAAGACGGAAGACAUUCCCGAUGGCCCAGUGUCCAGGGUGGGCCAUGUCCAUUCUGCAGCCUGUCAAGGAAAGUGUGUGAUAUCACCCAAGAGAGUUGGAGACUCUGGGGUGCAACUUGGAGAGGUUGGAUCCUCCAGUAGAUCUGGUCAUGAGGUACCGUCAUCAUCCAAAGAGAAGUUGUUCCCAUCAACAUCAUCAACUCAAGUUCAUGCCAUCUCUUCCUCAAGCUCAAGUAGAAAGGAGAAAAAGAAGAAGAAAAGGAAAGAUGCAAAAAUUGAUGGUCAUAAAAUUCCUCAUCUUGCCAAGACCAAAGCCUAUGCACCUAGAGCAGAAGACGAGGAUGAGAUUGCCAAGAAUGCUGAUCAGGACAACUAUGUCCUUGAGAAGCUCUUCAAGAAAAGUGGUGUCCACAGUGCCCUUCAGCAUGACAAUAUCAUGCAGUCAUCCAGCCCAGACUUCGUCCUGGUGGAAAACGAGGCGGAGAGAGUUGCUAAGGAAGCGGCCAAUGCAGUCCGUCAGUCUAGGAGACGUUGCUAUGGAGCAAGCUCUGGAAUCCCAACCUGGACAGGAGCAGCGGGUGGUUCCUCAGGAAACAAGCUUCGUUUUGGAGGCAAGAGUAACUGCAGACUGGUUGAAAAUUCUGAGAAGCCUGAAGUCCCCAAGCAGAAUACAACACCAAUGAAGAAGAAAUUGUUUGGCAAGAAGAAGAUGUUCAAUGGGGACAUGUCCACCGCAACGACCAUGAACGAGGAUGCAGAGCAAACAAAUGACAUGCCAUCUUCCAAGAGCCUUCUGAAUCGAAUGCGUGCCCGGAACCACCUCCAGAAAGAUGAUGACAACCGAUCCUCUUCUGACGAUGAGGACAGACAGAGGACUGCAUCGGUGGGAACAGAACACGACAGUGUCAUGACAGAGAUGGUGGAGUUCAUUGGCAAUCACUCACAGGUGCCUGGGCAGGCAACAACCGACGAGCUGCUGAAGGCAUUUGAAAGCAAGAUUGAGAAGUCAAAUUCAGCGAUGUUCCGAUCCAUGCUUCGUCAGGUCUGUACCUUCCACAGGACUCAGAAGAAGGAAGGGUUCUGGAGACUUAAAGCAGAAUUUUUAUAGAAAUAAACUUGAUAAUUUGAUAUAUUUUCAUUUUCAAGCAAAUCAAACAAAUCAUAUUGGGCAUUAAUUGAGUGUGAUUCAUCAAUGCUGUACAUCAUAAUGCAUGUCUACCUGACCAGUGAUCUGUGUGUUUACAGACCUAGACAGCUCCAACCUCAGGAUAAAUUAAUCAGACUUUCCAGGAAGAAUCUGAGUUUGUGGACCAUUGCUGGCUUUUGUUUUGAUAUCAUCUUUCUAUAUUUCUUGAUAAUUUGAAUACUAACUCCUCUAGAAGUUGCCGUCUUCUACCUAUGUUUAGAAAAUUCAUUUAUUUGGUUACAAAGGUUGGAAAGGCUUCUGGGUAGUCCUUGUAGCCUCGGCAAAUUAACAAUUCAAGGAUGAGAAGUUAAGAUCUGGGCCCAGAAGCACAAAGCUUAGCGAUUGAUCGUAGGACUAAAUUUCACACUUGAUUACAUUGAUCAUUAUGUGCAGUUAAGUGUAAAAGUCAAUUGUAUGAUCAAUUGUUAAGCUUUGUGAUACAGGCCCCAUGAGAACUAGAAGUGCUCUCGGCCUAGUGGCAUAAAAAUGUACUAUAAAGUAAUAGUAAAGAUAUUUAGGUAUAGAAUAUUGGUGUGGAUGUUAUCUCAGAAAAAAAAAUUAAGUUAUGAAUUCCUUGCCAGAUGGAAAUCAACAUUCGGUCAAAAGUUCUUAGCCAAAUUGAAAAAGAUGAAAAAGUAUGUAAGCUCAUUGUUUCACGGCUUAGAUAUUUUGUAUUCAAACCUGUAUUUUUGUACGUAUCGGUUGUUUUCAUCAUUCUGCAUUCACAUUUUAUGGUUGAUUGUUGCCAUUAUUGAAUUGCAUUAACUUAUUUUUAUACAUUGUAUGUAUACUGUUACCGAGAAUAUGUAACUUUAGUUCACUUGAAGUGUUACUUAUUGAGAAAGUACAAAAUUGAGCAUCUUGAUCAUUAGCCAUUAUGUUGGAUUUCCCAAAGAUUUGCUAAGAGAGUCUUGCAGAAUUAUUCAACUGUUAAUGUCAAAUUCCUCUUUUUUCAGCAAACAAUAGUACAGUUAUAAUGAACGUGAAGACCUGUCACAUCGUUCUGUGCAAGCCUUGUGGGUGAGUUGCAGGCAAUCACCCGCAACAAAUUUUUGAGCAUUUUAAAAACAUUUCUGCGGGCAAAUGAAAUCAGACUUGUGUGACUGUGCUCCUGCAUGCGGAAAACUGUCAAUGUGGGUGACCUUCGAGCGACUCGCAAGUAGCAAAAUCGUAACCCCCAACUCACAUGCAAGGCUCACAUAGAACACAGAGCCUUUAGAUUAUGUUUAUAUCAUUCCACGCAAGAUAUAAGACAGAGAAAAUACAAAAAAAUAAUUUACAUGGGGGAGGGGGUCUGUUUUUCAGACACCCUUUGUUCCCAUAAAUAUAUAAUAAAAAAACAUAUCUCUGCAGAAAACAAAUGUUUCAAAAAUAUGAUUGCCACUCAAGGGAAUGUUCCAUGACCACAAUGCUUGUUAUGUAAAACAGCAAGAAUUUUGGUGAACAAAUAUAUUUAAACUUUGUUCCAGCCAUUCUUAAAGUCGUAUAUACUUUUAAUGAACGACUGGUGUAUAGUCUCAUGCUCAAUGAAAAUUUACUUGGCUUAACAAAGUUGGGGCCAAACUUCCUGCACCGUAAAUGGAAUUCGACAAUGAACUUGAUAAUAAUGAUUUAUCGAAAUGCUUGCUAUGUGUAACAGCAAGAAUUUUGAUGAACGAACAUCAUAUUUCAACAUUCUCAUCGCUUGUAAAAUUAAUGUAUAACUUUGAACAUUCUAUCAAACGGUCCCCAGGAUACCAACAGAGUUGUCAAUUUGUCCUUUAGAUAUUCUUGUUUUGUAAAGACAUACUCCAUAUACUCUUUAUUCAAUUUUGAAUACAUGUUGAAAGGAAAUUUAGCAAAAAAAAAAGGAAAACUACAUGUACUAGCAUUUGAAGAAGAAAUAAAAGCUUAUGAAAUAGGGCCUGCAAUGAUUCAUUAUAAUAUUGUGUUAAAAAAGUGUCUAUGUCAGUGUAAUAUUCUUUGAAAAUUGGCAACUUUGGCAUGGUACAAGGAUGAAUCAGGGAUCUUGUGUGAUGUAUAUUAUCUGUAUUGCAUGUCAGAAUACACUGUUCCAUGAUGCAGUAAUGAACAUCUGCACCAAUUCAUAACUCCUAUGAACUGUAAUACAACUUAUGGUAAGCGGCUAAGAUCACAGCAUUAGGUUGAUAAUACUGUAAUUUCAUUAAAAAUAGAAAUUAAUAUUGAUAUGUUUUAAGAAACUUGGCCCAUGUGCUCAUAUGAGAAGGAUAUCUUUAACUGAUAAUCAUGUAUUUGAUGGUAUGAUAAACCAUCUCAGUAAUUGUAAGGUGCAAUUCAUAAUCUUUUUGAUAGAAAAGUCAGUUGAUAUUGUAUUGAUGUACAAUAAACUUGAAAUAAUCAG